AAUGGAAUGACAUCAGUGUAAGCGGAUAUGGACGGAAUCGCCUUCACCCACAAAGACAACUGGCUUGUUUUUGCCGGCUAAAAACCACUAAAAGGAGCUGACAAAAGUUUAAACAUGUUUAAGGCAUCGUAUCGUGAGGUUACACAUAUAUUUCCUCUAUGAGAGAAAUUUGAGAUAUUAUUGUGUGAAACAAAAAUGGAUUUCAUUGUAAAGGUUACCGUGUUAGUGGCGAUGUUAUGUACUAACGAACUUAGAGCUGCCCCGAGAAAGCCGAGAUUGAGUUCAGCAGCGCAGAAUCCUAGCUAUUACUACUCGGACGUCGACGGUGUACCAGGGACCUACUCAUUCGGGUAUGAUAUAUUGGAUCCAGAGACUGGAAACAUUCAGUUCAGGACUGAGGAAAGAUAUCCCAAUGGUACCGUCGUGGGGAGCUAUGGGUACAUUGAUCCACGCGGCAGAUCACGACGAUUUGAUUAUGUAGCUGACGAGAAUGGAUACAGAGUAUCAAACGAAGGGCAAGUCAGUGAAAAAUAUGUAGAAAUAGCAGCUGAUAUAAAGAGUACAUCAACGGAAUCUUCGGUCUCGUGGAGCCGGCCAAGGAAAGUUAAAAAAAAUAAGACGAAAACUUUGAAAACACCAUCGAAUGUUCUCGAACCACCACGUUUUACUUUUCUUGAUUAA